UAUUUGGAUUUGGAUCCUACGGUUACACUAUUGAUGUGUCUUAAGCUGGGCUUGGGUGUGGUGUAUUGUUUGAGUAAUUAUUUUAUAUUGGCCUGGCCCUUUUUAGAUAAGUUAAUAGUUCGCUAAAAAUGGCUAGAGACCUCGUUUUUGUGGCUCUAGUCGGCGCUUUAUGUUUUACCCUCGCUAACGCACAACAUCAUUAUAAUGAGCACAAGACUAGCCACAUAAUUUGGUGCACCAAGAGCUUGGAGGAGCAAUACAAGUGCCAGAACCUGACAGUGGCCAUCGAGCGCGAUCGGGCCCUCUUCGACGAAGCCUUCCUAAACCUCACCUGCUUCAUGGCCUAUAGCGCUGACGAGUGUAUCCAUCACAUCGAUCGCGAGAAGGCCCACAUUACGUCGCUAGACGCCGGAGAUGUUUUCACAGCUGGCCGAUACAACUCCCUUAUUCCCAUCAUGCAGGAGAAGUUGGAGGGCGGAUUUUCGGACUACCAAUCUGUGGCGGUUAUUAAGAAAGGAUCCCUGCAGGAUGUCAGCAGUAUGCACGGGCUGAGGGGCAAGCGGGCCUGUUUUCCUUGGGUGGGAAGUCUAGCUGGUUGGAUUGUGCCCAUACAUACGCUUCAAAGAGAAGGUGGAAUGGAAGUCGUGGACUGCAACAACCAAGUGAAAACAGCUGCUAACUAUUUUAACAGUUCCUGUGCCGUGUACUCGCUAUCUGACAAAUACAAUCCUAUUGGCGACAAUUCUGACAAGCUCUGCUCUCUUUGCACUGGAAAGAUUCCUGGAGGUCGCUGUUCCUCUGCUGAUCCUUACUUUGGAUAUGAAGGUGCCUUUAGAUGUCUUUUGGAAAAAGGAGAUGUGGCCUUUUUGCGUCAUUCCACGGUUACGGAAAUGCUGCAGACCACCGAGUUCAAGAACAUAUCACCUGAUACCUUUGAACUGUUCUGCCGAGACGGUCGCCGUGCGCCCUUAAACGACUACCGCCAAUGCAAUUGGGGACAAGUUCCAGCUGAUGCCAUCGUCACAUCCUCAGCACGCAGCUUCAGUGACCGGAAACAGUACCAACAGUUCCUGAAACGUAUCGCCGAAUUGUACUCCGAUGGCAUUCGAGAAGAUCACAGCAGGCCAGGAGCCCAAGGCCUUCAAGGAUUUAGCAACUUCGACCGCAAUGGCUAUAAUGACCAACGACAAAGCAGCGCUUACGACCAAUACAAUAACCAAUACGACAAUAACAAUCAAUACAGAAGUCAAAACCAGUACGAUCAGUAUCGCAACGAACGCCUGGACAGCAGUUUCUCUGCAGACCACAAUCCGCAGGACGGCACCAACACCUCUAUACUUUAUGAGAAGUUCCGAAUUUUUGAAUCGAAACGAUAUGGCAGGCCCAAUUUGCUGUUUCAGGAUUCUAGCAGAGCUCUUACAGUCAUUCCCGAAGACGACCAGUCGUUCACGAAGUAUUUAGGAAACGGAAUUAACUUUAUUUAUGGCAUUCGCGAGUGUCCUGUUCCAGCGAUGACUCUUUGCGUGACAUCCGAACCCGAGCUCGAGAAAUGUAUCAAGAUGAGGAUCGCCCUGAAAGCACAUCUGCUGAAACCCGAACUCAUUUGCAAGAAAAUGCACUCCCACAUCAACUGCAUGCAGUUCAUCCAAUCUGGAAAAGCCGAUAUUGCUGUCUUUGACGCCGGAGAUGUCUACACGGGCGGACUGAACUACGAUUUGAUUCCCUUCAUGUCCGAGGUGUACAAUCUGGGUAUGCCAGAGUACUAUGUUGUGGCGGUGGCCAAGGAGGAGGAUCCUGACACGGAGCUAACCUACCUCAAGGGAAAGAAUACCUGUCACACAGGCAUCAAUACCGCCGCCGGCUGGACUUAUCCGAUGGCUCUGUUCAUUUCAAACGGCUGGAUUCGUCCCUACGGCUGCGACUCGGUGCGAGCUGCCGCCGAGUACUUCACCAAGUCCUGUGUCCCGGGUGCGAUUAGCAGCGAGUACAACACCGGAGUGCCCUACGACAGCAUGUGUGAUCUGUGCCAUGGAACGAGCUACAGGUACUGUAGACGCGAUGCUUCGGAGGACUACUACGGACACACCGGUGCAUUCAGGUGCCUUGUGGAAGGUGGCGGCCAUGUGGCGUUCAUGAAGCACACCACCGUGAUGGAAAGCACAGGCGGCAAGCGCAAGGAAUGGUGGGCGAGAAACACCCUCAACGAUGACUUUGAACUGCUGUGCACGGACGGAACCAGAGCCGAGAUUCAGGAUUACAAGCGCUGCAAUCUGGGCAAGGUGAAGGCCAAUGCUGUCGUGACCCGCGGAGGCGUCAGCUUCAACGAGACCCAAAUGAAUGCCUACAUUAACUUGCUAACUUAUGCCCAGCAACUGUAUGGCCGCAAGGAUGUGGAUGCGUUCAGCUUUAGCAUGUUUUCCUCCCCGAUCGGACACUACGAUCUGAUCUUCCAGGAUGCCACGCGCCAGUUGCAAGUAAUUCCGCCUAAUAAGCGGAGCUACGAUAACUAUUUGGGCAGCGACUUUAUGCGAGCCCGUCGCAUCACAGAUUGCUAUGCCGGAGCCUCGCAGGUGGCACUAUCCGUGGGUCUGCUCCUCGCAGGCUCGUUAGUUGCAAUGCUCUAAAUCAAUAGACUCACUAAGAUUUUAAAACUUUAUGUACAAGAAUCUCCAGCACAAAGAGAAACAUAUCAACGUUCUACAU